AUGGUGCAGUAUGGUAAUUAGCAUUUUCUCCAGAUAGAUAGCUCUGCACAUAACUAAGAUGGAGUUGUUAUUUUAUGGAAAAUAAAUCAUUCAUAACCACUCAAAGUAUUUUCUAAACAUUUUGGAUAAGUGGUUACUGUAGCAUUUUCUCCUAACGGUAAAAUAUUAGCAACUGGAGGAGAUGAUAAAUUAAUCUUUUUGUAUGAUGUCGUCUCUUUAUAGGAUAUUGGUUUCCUUACUGGGCAUGAAAGUUAUAUUAGAUAUCUUGUAUUUUCAUCAACUAUCAAUCUAUUGGCUUCAGGAGGUAAUGAUAAAAUAAUUCGAAUAUGGGAUAUUGAAGAAAAAAAAGAAAUUAAAUAAUUAUUAGGUCAUUCAGAUUUUAUUUAUUCACUUUCAUUUAAUCCAAAUAAAAAUAUCUUGGCAUCUGGAAGUGAAGAUGAGACCAUUAGAUUAUGGGAUAUAAACCAGGAAAAAAUGAUUAUGAAAAUUGAUUAGGGUAUUGGAAAAAUAUAUCCAAUUUCAUUUUCCCCUGAUGGUAAUACUCUAGCAUCAGGUGGUUUGGAUUGCACUAUCCGAUUAUGGGAUGCUUCAACUUUGAAAGAAAUAUAGAAAUUCGAAGGCCAUACUGAUAAUGUAAGUUGUGUCUUAUAUUCACCAGAUGGACAAACAUUAGCAUCUAGUAGUGAAGAUAAAUCAAUUAGACUUUUGAAUGUUCACGGAGGAAGGAAUAUUUAAUAAUUAAAUGGUCAUUCAAAAAAGUUAAAUUGUAUUUCAGUAUCACCAGAUGGAUUACUUAUUGCUUCAGGAAGUGAUAAUUAAAAAAUUAAAUUAUGGAAUUUAAAAGGAGGAGUUGAAGUUAGAAAAUUUAUAGGACAUUCUAAUUAUGUAUAAAUAAUUUGUUUUUCUUAAAAUUGA